AUGAUAGCUGAGGACUUGCAACCCUUAUCCAUUGUGGAAAAUGAAGGCUUUAGAAAUAUGGUUAAACUAUUGGACUCUAGGUAUCAAAUUCCUAGCAGAAGGGCACUUGGUCGAACUAUAAUACCUAGUAUAUAUUCAAAUGUUCGAAAUAAGGUUCAGACUCUUUUAAAUGAUACCAGUUUUAUAGCUCUUACUACUGAUAUUUGGACUUCAAUUAACACCGAUUCGUUUUUAACUAUAACAGCUCAUUUUUUUCCAAAAGGCCAAAGCCAACUGAAAAUAGUUGUCCUUGGUACAAAAAAACUAGAUCAGAGUCAUACAGCAACUCAUUUGGAAGAAAUAAUGACCAGUGAGUUAAAUAGAUGGGGAAUAUUAAAUAAAGUAACGGCCAUUGUUUCUGAUAGUGGGGCUAAUAUCAAGUCGGCUAUAAGAUUAAUGAACAUACAGCAUAUUCCUUGUACUGCUCAUAAACUUAAUCUUGUAGUCCAAAAAGCCUUAUACCUCAACGAAGACGAUUCAGUUGGAGAUGAAUCAAAUGAACUCGAUUCAUGGGGAAUAGGAUUUUGGGGGAAAAACAAAGGCAACUAG